GAGGGGUCGUGGUGGAGUUACUGGACGGAGACAAUGGCCAGGUCGCUGUCCGUUCCCUGGCUGCCCCCGCACGACCCGGGGACGCCGGCGCUGUCGGUGGUGGACAUGCACACGGGCGGCGAGCCCCUGCGCAUCGUGCUGGCGGGGUGUCCAGAGGUGGUCGGCCCCACUUUGCUGGACAAGCGGCGCUACAUGCGCCAGCACCUUGACCACUUGCGGCGACGGCUCAUGUUCGAGCCCCGAGGGCACCGGGACAUGUACGGGGCCGUCCUAGUGCCGAGCGAGCUGCCCGAGGCGCACCUGGGCGUCCUGUUCCUGCACAACGAGGGCUACAGCUCCAUGUGCGGCCACGCCGUGCUGGCGCUGGGCCGCUUCGCUGUGGACUUCGGGCUGGUGCCGCCACCCCCCGCCGGCACCCGUGAGGCCCGCGUCAACAUCCACUGCCCCUGCGGGCUGGUGACCGCCUUCGUGGCGUGUGAGGGCGGCCGCAGCCGCGGCCCGGUGCGCUUCCACAGCGUCCCCGCCUUCGUGCUGGCCACAGAUCUCACGGUGGAGGUUCCCGGACAUGGAAAUGUGGUGGUGGACAUUGCAUAUGGUGGCGCAUUUUAUGCGUUCGUUAGUGCUGAAAAGUUAGGACUCGACAUUUGUUCUGCAAAGACGAGGGACCUUGUGGAUGCGGCGAGUGCAGUGACAGAAGCAGUGAAAGCUCAGUUUAAAAUUAAUUAUCCUGAUAGUGAAGACUUUGCCUUUCUAUAUGGAACGAUAUUAACAGAUGGAAAAGACUCUUAUAGUGAGGAACCAACUACCAACAUCUGUGUGUUUGCAGAUGAACAGGUUGACAGAAGUCCUACUGGCUCAGGAGUGACAGCCCGAAUUGCCUUACAAUAUCACAAAGGGCUUCUAGAACUGAACCAGACCAGGGCCUUUAAAAGCAGCACAACUGGCUCAGUGUUCACAGGGAAUGCUGUGAGAGAAACAAAGUGUGGUGAUUUUAAAGCUGUUGUAGUGGAAGUAUCGGGACAACCCCAUUACACGGGUACAGCAAGCUUUAUAGUAGAAGAUGAUGACCCGCUGAGGGAUGGAUUUCUUCUCAAGUGACUUCUUCCUUGACUUUUAAGGGCUUUCGUUUUAAAAUAAUUAUUAUCUAUAAGUAAUUUUUUCUGUAAAUUAUGUGAAAACCAAUAUCUACAUUACACAUAUAAGCUAACUUUCAUUCGUUCUCA